AUGUCUGCUCACAUGGAUUUGAUUAAUAAGCUCAACGAACAUAUUGAAACAUCCCUUAACCAGCAGAAACAAAAUUCGCAACAGCUUACACCGACCAGAAUUUACAAGACAACUUGUGAUAGUAAUUUUGAACAACAAGAUGCGUCUAAACCGCAGCUUAAACAUCCAAUUAAGUAUGCUGCACAAUUCAAAUUAUCACACUCAAUCACAACAGACAGGCUUCCAUCACUUCAGUCAGUUAAUGAGACCUUAACAGCUAGGCCUUCCCCA